UGCUAGAUAAGAUUAACUGUUGUUACUUCACUGUUCUUACCACAUACGUGAUGUUACCAAAUCAUUAUUUAGAAUUAAAGCCAAGCUGUCGUGUGACAUUAACUCACCGCCUGUCAGAGAGCAUGGGAGUAAUUAUAUAUCUCCUGAUUCUGGCGCUUCUCAAGGACUAUGGUCAUGGAGUGCCACAGGAAGGUAUUGCUGUGUAUGUUUUUCUGGGUUUAUUGACUUCUGGUGCCACUCAACAAUGCUUGGACAUAGACGAGUGUGUUGAAUCCCCAGAUAUUUGUGGGAAUUGGGGAACCUGUCGUAAUGCGGGUUGUAGCUACAUGUGCUUGUGUCCCAAUGGAUUUAGGAACUCUGGUGACAGACAAACUUCGUGUGUAGAGAAAGACAAGUGUGUUGAGUCCCCAGAUAUUUGUGGGAAAUGGGGAACCUGUCUUAAUCAGGUGGGUAGCUACAUGUGCCAGUGUCCCAAUGGAUUUAGGAACUCUGGUGACAGACAAACUUCGUGUGUAGACAUUGACGAGUGUAAUACAGACGGAGUAUGUGGAAAGAGGGGCAUCUGUCAAAACUUGAUUGGCAGUUACUGGUGCGAGUGUCCUGCUGGAUUUACUAACUUUGGCAAAAACCAAACUAAGUGUGUAGAGCUAAAUUGUGACCAGUACGAAACACAGCCUGGACAGACUCUACCAGGCUUUGAUAGUUUCUUGUCUCUGUUGAGAAACAACUGUUUGGUGUUGAACAACUCUACGUUGUCUGGACCUACAAGACCGCUGUCAACUGGAGAUGUGCUUUUGACAUUACUGGUUAAUACCACUGAUGUUCUUCAACUGGACCUCCAGUCCAAUGGUCACCGUAGUAGCAGUGAAGUGACUAAGUUACUGAAGACCAUUGAAAUCUCGAUCAGACUGAUCGCUCCACUGCUGACCGAGAACGUGACCAGGAUAGAGACCAACCACACAGAGGUUGAGAUUCUGGUGAGGAGAGACAAGACCCCACCUAAAGGACCAGUCAGCCUGACCAAUGAGAACACUCAACUUGACACCACCUGGGAGACGGUGGUUGGAGAUGACCUGAAUUACCCAGGGUUUGCGUUUGUCGUUCUGCUCAGCUAUAAGAAUCUGGAUAGUCUGAAGGACAACACUUCUCGUCAGAACCUGCAGCUCAUGUCCAGUGCUUUGACGGUGUCCGUUAGCAACUCCAACACAACAAACCUGCCCCAACCGAUUAAUCUCACCUUCAAUAACCUGCAGUCCAGUGAUGUUGACCCCACCUGUGUUUAUUGGUCGGAUGAGAAUGGACCGGGGGUGUGGUCUGAGCUGGGUUGCACCUCAGUGAUGUCAAACUCCACCCACACUGUGUGCUCCUGCAGCCAUCUCAGCACAUUCGCUCUGCUGAAGGGAAUCCAUCAGAAAAAGGGAAGCGGGCAGCUGUCGUUGGUGAUGUGGGUGGGUGUUUUUGUGGCACUGACCUGUGUGGUCCUGUCCCUGAUCACAACCCUGUGGUGUCGCUUUGUCAGCCGCAAACGCCGUGGAGGAAACCGUCUGAAACAGGAUGUACAACUCAAUAGAAAAUAAGACAUGGAUUUUAACUAUUUGUGUUCUAAGAAAAGCUUUACUAAAUAUUUGUCCGUUUCUUCAAAAAUAAAGCACGACAUCAUCCUGAAAGGA